AUGGAUCCAAAAUCAACUGCCUUUCAUAUAUAUAAGUAAACACUAAUAAAAAAAAAUAAUUAACCUAUUACAUAAGUGUAUAGUUAUGAAUUGAAAGAUGUGAGUUUAUUUUUAUUAUCUCAUUUAGAAAAUUGGUUAAGGAGCAUAUGGAAGUGUUUAUAGAGCAGUUCAUAAAUUAAGUAAACAAGUUAGAGCAGUUAAAGUGAUUAAUAAAUUGAAUAUAAAAUACAAAGAUAGAUUAUUGAGUGAAAUUACAAUUAUGGAGUUAUUGGUAAUUAAUAUAAUCAAUUUAAGGAUCAUCCUAACAUUUUAAGAUUAUUUGAGACUUUUGAAGAUGCAGAAUAUUUAUAUAUGAUUUUGGAGUAAAAAUAUCAAUUCAAUUACUUGAUAGAAUCUGUUAAGGAGGUGAUGUUUUUGAUAAAGUACUUGAAAAAGGUUGUCUUUCAGUUGAGGAUGCAUUUAAAGUUUAUAUAUAAUACAUGAGAGCAGUUAAUUAUUAUUAAGGAUUCAAAAUAGUACAUAGGUAUAUUAAAAAUUAAAAUUCAUAGAGAUUUGAAACCUGAAAACUUUUUAUUCCAAAAGAAGAAUGACAUGGGUUCAUUAAUUGUAAUUGAUUUUGGAAUUGCAAAAAGAGGAAUAGAAAAAUUGAAAACUAAAAGUGGAACAGUAAAAUUAUUAAUUUAAAAUUAGGCUUAUUAUGUAGCUCCAGAAGUAUUGGAUGGUUUAUAUGAUUAUAAAUGUGAUGUUUGGUCAGCAGGAGUUGUUCUAUAUGUUAUUUUAUGUGGUUAUCCUCCAUUUUAUGGAGAGAAUGAAAAAGAAAUAUUAAUAGAAAUCAAAUCUGGAACUUUGCAAUUUGAAGGUAUUUAUAUUAUAUUUAUAUUAAGGUGAUGAAUGGUAAGGUAUUUCAUAGGAAAUUAAAGAUUUCAUAAAGUAAUAAGUAUGUCCAGCAUCAAAUAGAAUUAUACCUAAAGAUUUGUUAAGUCAUAAAUUAAUAACCUAAUACAAUCAGAAGUUUCUUAAUGAUUUUAAAAUGAUUUCAAUGUUAAAUCUUAAUUAAUGGAUUAAAUAUCAUCCAUUAAGAAGAUUGGCACUUUAUUAUUUAUCAACUUAAAUUGAUUCAUGUGAUUUAAGUAACUAAAAGAAUAAUUUCUUUUUCAUAAAUACAUCAUAAAGUGGAUUGAUAACAUAAUAAGAAUUAGCUACAUAUUUGAAAGUUAAUAAAUAAGAUAUUCAAAAAUUAUGGCCAUAUAUUGAUUGCAAUAGUAAUGGUUAUUUAGAUUAUUUUGAAUUUGUAGCUUUGACAUUAACACCUAUAGAUUAUCAAAAAUAAUUAUAAUUUAUGUUUGAUUUUCUAAGUUAAUCUGAUAAUGUGAUAUCAUAAAAAAGUAUUAAAUGUAUUUUUGAUUAAAAUGCUAAUUUAAAUAAUAAGUGGGAUAGUAUAUCAAAUACUAAAAAUCAGUUUACUUCAUUUAAUCAACAUGAAUAAUAGAUUAAUUUAAAAAACAUUAUUGAUAAAGAUAUGGAUUUUAAUGCAUUCAAAACAAUAAUGGGAUGA